AUGGCUGCAUCAGCAACGACGACUCAUUCCACAAAAAUCAAAUCUCCACCUGCUACAAGGGACGCCAGAAAGUCAUUUUCGGGAGAAAUUUUUCCAGGCAGAAGACAAUCGGUGGAGAGGGCGGUGGAUGCAUUCAUAUCGAACUCGAGCAGUAACAACAACAACGUCAACAGCCACCACAACUACUACAACUACUUCAACAACAGCGGCACGGUCAUGCACAGAUUGGGUGUUCCGGCUGCUGACCUGACAAAAUUACGAAGGGCAUCACUCCAAACCGAAUCUCCCGGUCGAUCUGUCACCAGCAGUAGCUAUAACAACUACAACAACUUGGACCACAACGACUCCUGCUACAAUAGCAACAGCAACAUCAUCAAAAUCGUCACACCAUUUAGCAGUUCAAGAGGCACAAGUCCCACCGGAUCUGUGGGCACUGCUGCAGCCAAAUGUUACAAGAAGUGUGCACUCGGUUCAUCGGAUCUGUCGUGCAUACGCAGUGAAGACAUUACCAUCAAGUAUCAUUCCCGUAUAGUUCACAGCACCAGCAACUUCUAA